UCAUUUGUGAUUUUGAUUUCACUUUUUUGCUUUGUUUUGACUUUUUUCUUGAAUUCAAUUUUUUUUUUAUUCACACACACCAAUCACACAAGAUAAACCAAAAUGGAUCCUGUUGUUGCAUUGUCAAAUAGUGGCAAAAAUGGUCAAAAAUUAUCAAAUGAUAAAAUUGAUCGAAAUAAAAAGAAUGAACGAUUGCGUAAAUUACGAGAAUUACAUAUGAAACGGAAUGAAGCAUGUAAACUUAAUCAUAAAGAAGUGAUUGAAGAAAAUAAACGACAACAAAUGCCAUCGAAUUGGACAAGAAAACAAGAAUGGGCUAAACGUAAAUUAGAAGAAAAUGAAGAACGUGAACAGGCUGAACAACAAAAUUUAGAUUAUGAUAUGGAAAAAUUACGCGACAUACAAGCCGAUCAUGCUGAACAAUGGGAACGACGUCGUUCGUCGAAAAAGAAUCCCGAUAAAGGAUUUACAAGUUUUGAAGAUGCAGCCGCUAGAAAAUAUGAACGAAUGAUUAAACAGAUAAAACCUGAUAUGGAUGAAUAUCAUCAAUUGAAACAAACAAUACCUGAUGAACAAUUUUAUGCGGAUAAAAAUUCAUAUGUAUUCGGUGUACAUAAAGAUUCCAAAGAAGCCAUUGAUCGUUUAUUGAACGAUAUGAAUAAAGAUUAUGAACGACAAUCAAAAUUCUCAAGACGUCGUACAUUCGAUGAUGAUAAUGAUAUUGAUUAUAUCAAUGAAAGAAAUAUGAAAUUUAAUAAGAAAAUUGAACGUUUCUAUGGUAAAUAUACAGCGGAAAUUAAACAGAAUCUUGAACGUGGUACGGCUGUUUAAAACAAAACAAAAAGGAAAGAGAGCCAAUCAUUUUUAUUUGAAUUUUUUUUCUGUAUU